AUGCCCGACCACCAUCCAGCGCCUGGCUCCGACAUCAGGCCCUGGGCGCGACCGGCGCCGCGAGGUUAUCUCUUUACCAACGCGAAUGUCAUCGACGUGCAGAAGGGGAAUGUCCUGGAAAAUGCCAGAAUUGUUACUCGCCAGGGAAAAAUCGAAUCAGUGUCUUCAUCAGCCGAAGCUUCCUCGUCGUCCGAUUUGACGGUCAUUGACUGCGAAGGUCACUACUUGUGCCCCGGCCUAUUUGACGCCCACGUUCAUCUUUGCGCCGUGCCUGGAUUCAAAGAUCUCUCGAAAGCUUUCGGUAAUUCCGACCAUGCAUCCUUGCUGCGACAGCCAUUUGUCGCGUCUCAGAUGCUCCAUCGUGGAUUCACGAGUGUCCGCGACUGCGGCGGUGCACAGCUUCCUCUGAAGGAAGCUAUCGACGACGUCUUCCCAGGCCCUCGUCUAUUCAUCUCGGGUCAUGCUUUAUCCCAGUUCGGUGGCCAUGGAGAUCUUCGAUCAUCGCAUGACCAAGCUGAAUGCUGUGGGGGCCUCCACAGCAACAACCACCUGGGGCGAAUGUGUAACGGCGUACCCGAAUGCAUGGCUGCUGUCCGAGAAGAGAUCAGAUGCGGUGCAGACUUCAUUAAAAUCAUGGGCUCAGGCGGAGUGGCUUCUCCGACCGAUAAAUUGGAGCACCUUCAAUUCACAAAUGCCGAGAUUCAGGCGAUGGUAGAAUGCGCCGAGAAUGCCGGGACAUUCGUGACUGCCCAUGCCUAUACCGUCAAGGCGAUUCGACACUGUAUCGAAAACGGCGUGAAAGGUAUUGAGCAUGGGAAUUGA